GACAGUAACACAAAAGUCAAAACAUGGGUUUUACCUUCAUGAGUUUAUGAGUUUGUAAUAAUCUUUGAAGAAAUAAUAGCUACGAUACGUUAUUUCCUAAUUUUAAGCGAGUAUUGUUAAAUGAUACAUAUAUGACAAAUAACAAAAGUAAAUAUAAAAAUGGCGACUAACACAAGAGUGGCUGUGUCGCAAAUUCUACGUAACAAAGAUGACACUGUGGAAGAAGACGAUGAGCCUAAAAAGAAAUCUCGAGAGGAUUGGCGGAAGGCGAAAGAGUUGGAGGAGGCUAGAAAGGCUGGUACCGCACCCGCGGCUGUCGAUGAAACUGGCAAGGAUAUAAACCCCCACAUUCCACAGUACAUAUCGUCGGCACCGUGGUACUAUGGCACCUCAGGCCCAACACUCAAGCAUCAGAGGCCGCAAGAAGACAGAGAGGCCCAAUUCACUAAACUUGAUUUAUAUUACAACAAAGGAGUCACUGCAAGUUCAGCAACAAAAUACAGGAAGGGUGCCUGCGAGAACUGCGGUGCAAUGACUCACAACAAAAAGGACUGCUUGGAGAGGCCCAGAAAAAUUGGUGCAAAGUUCACAAAUGCAGGCAUAGCUCCCGAUGAGUUCAGCCAACCGGAUCUGAACCUAAGCUACGACGGCAAGCGUGACAGGUGGAAUGGCUACGACCCUGCGCAGCACAAAGCCAUCAUCGAGGAGUACCAGAAGGUGGAAGAGGCUAAGCGGGAACUGAGAGCCAAGAGAUUAGAACAAGACCCCACAGCCACAGAAGAAGAUGAACUGGAGGGAGAGGAUGAAGACAAGUAUGUGGAUGAAGUGGACAUGCCGGGUACCAAGGUGGACUCCAAGCAGCGUAUAACAGUGCGUAACCUGCGUAUCCGCGAGGACACCGCCAAGUAUCUGCGCAACUUGGACAUCAACUCUGCGUACUACGACCCCAAGACUCGCUCCAUGAGGGACAACCCCAUACCUGAGGCUGCUGAGUCGGAGUACGCCGGUGAGAACUUCGUCCGUUUCACGGGCGACACGCGCUCGCACGCCACGGCGCAGCUGUUCGCGUGGGAGGCGCACGCCAAGGGGCUGGACGUGCACCUGCUGGCCGAGCCCACCAAGCUGCAGAUGCUGCAGCGCCAGUACGAGGAGAAGAAGGACCAGUUCAAGACGCAGGUGAAGCAGUCGGUGCUGGACAAGUACGGCGGCGCGGAGCACCUGCAGGCGCCGCCGCGCGAGCUGCUGCUGGCGCAGAGCGAGGUGUUCGUGCAGUACAACCGCGACGGCACGCGCGCCGGCGCCGCCGAGAAGCAGCUCGCCAAGAGUAAAUACGACGAGGAUGUGCUCAUAAACAAUCACACCUCCGUGUGGGGCUCGUACUGGAGGGACGGCCAGUGGGGAUACAAAUGUUGCCACUCAUUUAUAAAGAUGUCAUACUGUGUCGGCGAAGCUGGUAAAUCGGUCGUGAUGGAUGUACCAGAGGCAAUAACACAAAAACAGGAUAGAAAAGAUGAGAAGUCCGAAAAAUCCUCAUCGUCAUCAGAUUCCAGUUCUGAGAGCAGCUCAUCAGACUCUGAGCCUGACACUCGCAGUAAAACGGAGAAGAAAAGCAAGAAAAAGAAGAACAAAAAGAAGGCAAAGAAGAAGAAAAAGAAAGAACUUAAGAAGGAAAAGCGCGAGGAGGACAAACUCAAGAAGGCGCUGGAAAUGGAGGAAAGAAAACAGAAGCACGCAGAUUACUUGUUGUCUGUAGACGAAAGAAAACGUCCUUACAACAGUAUGAUGCAGGUCAAAGAACCCACUGAAGAGGAAAUGGAGGCGUACAUGAUGAAGAGGCGAAGAGAGGAAGACCCUAUGAGUCAGUUUAUGUAAAGUGUACAUUUAAGAAUAAUAUAUUAAAUAUAUAUAAUAAUAAAUAUCGUGUGUAAAUUACAAUAAAGGUUAUUGUGGCA